UUAUACAAAUAGCCGUAAUUAUGCUUGCUGCCCCUGUAAUCGUUGCGGUAAUGUUCAUUGUCACCCUCUUCCAACAAUAGAGCAACACAUACAUAAUAAUGGUUUUUGCAAAACCUAUAAGAGGUGGAUACAUCACGGUGAACCAAUUAUUCCGUCACGAGUAGUUCCAGUCAUACCGCAAACGAUAGGCCCAAUGCAUGAUUUCAUCGCUGAUAUUAUCAGGAGAGAGCCCCCCAAGAGGAGAAUGUCGAAGAUGAGCCAAUUGACCCAAUAGAAGAGUCGAGUGCUACAAAUGAUGAACUUGCUGAAUAAUUAAAGUUUGCCCACACCGAUCUACACCCUGGUUUUGAGUCGAUGUCUUCGUUAGAUUUCUUGGCAAAAGUGAGUCACUGAUAAAUGGAACAAGCAUAAAUGUUUGUUGAAUAUCGAAAAAAAUGUCGAUGUCAUGCAUAUCGAAAAAAAUGUUUGUGAGAGUUUGUUCAAUACAUUGUUGAUGAACAAGGAUAAAUCCAAAGACACUGAUAAGGCGAGAAGGGUGUUAGAAAAAUGGAACAUUCGACCUGAGUUAUGGCUUGUAGAUAAUGGUCGUGGAAAGCUCUCAAAGCCUUAUGCCAAGUUCUCUUUCACAAAUACCGAUAAAAGUCUUUUUUGUCAAUUUAUUAGGGGAGUAAAGCUACCAGAUGGCUUUGGCUCAAACUUUAAGCAUAAGGUAACAGAAAAUGAUACCCAAAUAACGGGGAUGAAGUCUCCUGAUCAUCACAUAAUGAUGCAAUGGUUGCUUCCGAUUGGUGCUCGUGCGUACUUGGACAAAAACAUUUCAACACCAAUAAUAGAGUUGUGCCACUUUUUUAAGCAACUUUGUGCUCGAAACUUGAUGUCAUCUGAUAUGCAAGAUACCGAAGAGAAGUUGAUUAAUAUUUUGUGUUCUUUCGAGCAAAUAUUUCCUCCGUCAUUUUUUGACGUAAUGAUUCAUUUGGUUAUGCAUUUGCCUGAGGAGGCUAUCCAAGGUGGGCAUGUAUACAUGAGAUGGAUGUAUCCAUUUGAAAGAUACAUGCCAAUGCUGAAGAAUUAUGUUAGAAAUAAGGCUAGGCCUAAAGGUUCUAUUGCAGAGGGGUAUGUUGCAGAUGAAGCCUUAACUUUUUGUUCAAGGUAUCUUAAGGGUGUACCGACGAGAUUUAAUCGGCCGGACCGAAACGAAGACGCCCCAAUUCCCACACAUGAGUUUUAUGUCUUCCCAUCAUUAUGCACACCUAUCGAUAAAGGGGUUGAUACAAAGUUGGAUCGCGAACUUUGGGCGAAACUAAUUUGGUUUAUCCUUAACAACAACUCCGAGAUUGAAGAUUACAAGGAUGAAUUUACUACUCUAAUGUCGCCUGGGACUAACUUGCAAGCAAAUUUUCCUAACCGGUUUAAACAGAAGAUCAACCAUCUUCGAGCAAACAAUGAAUCUAGCAUUAGCAAUGAACUACUUGCUUUGGCAAAUGGACCACGAUUCGCAAACUCUUACACCGCUUGUAUAGUUAACGGUGUAAGAUUUGUGAUUGAAAGCCGAGAUUUACGUCGUACAACUCAAAACAGCGGCAUUUCAACAACUGGGCACGACGGAACAAAGUAUUACGGUGUGUUGGAAGAUAUCUUGGAGUUUGGUUAUCUAAAUCGUUGCAAGGUUGUAUUGUUCCGAUGUAAACGGUACAAAACCAAUAACACCAAACUUUGUGUCAUUAAGAAUAACAUAACCAGUAUUUCUACUCAAACUAAAUGGUUUAAAAAUGACCAAUACAUUCUUGCAACACAAGCAGAUCAAGUCUUUUAUCUUGAUGAACCGUCUAAAGCGGGUCAAAGAGUUCAAUCAAACAGAUAUUGGAAGGUCGUCCAAGAGGUGAAUCAUUGGAAGAUUUGGGAUCAAGAUAUUAUCACAGAAACUCAAGAAACAGAUAUAAUACAUGGGAGCACCUCAUCUGACCUUUCGUUGUCUGCUAACUUGGAUAGUUUGACUUAUGACGGUUUGAGUAGAGCCGGAGCGACAAACUUUAAUGUUUCCCCUGAACAUGUCGAUUUAGAUGACAAUGCAUACGAAGAUGUAGAUGAUGAAGACAAUGAUGGAGACAACGAAAUAGAUGUUACAGAUGAUUCAGAAGAUGAUUUACUCGAAACUAAUAAUGAAUGUGGAGUAGUGACUUAUCAUACUGAUGAAGACGAUUGAUCUUAAUUUGUAAUUUGUAAACAUUAUUGAGUUUGAAUUGUUAUGCUUAAUUUAUUAUGUUUAUUUAGUUGUUUU